AUUCUCAACGUUGCAUUGUGUACGAUUGUUGGUCUUGUUUGGAAAAUGUUUUUACCGUAAAAUCAGAUGCUAAACAAUGGAUCCAUGUGAAGUCGAAUUUCUCAGUGAGAAAGAGCUAGUCAGUAUUGUACCGAAUUUUAGUUUCGACACGAUCCAUUUAAUCUCAGGAUCAGUCGGCCCUUUUCGAGCUGGUUUACCUGUCAAAGUUCCGAUAUGGUUGGCAGUGAACCUGAAACAGCAACAAAAGUGUCGAAUUAUUAAUCAAGAUUGGAUGGACGCUGAUUCUUUGAACGAGGCAAAGGAAGAAGAAAAAUUAUCUAAAUUAUUUACAAAAAUGCCCAGUAACCAUUACAUGGAGGAAGCACAGCUUUUACUGAAUGUUGCAAGCGAUGAUAUAUCUGAUGCCGACAGAAUAAAGACGGCUAUAAAGGAUAUAUGGGACAUAAGAAUGUCAAAGCUUCGUACAUCAAUUGAUGCCUUUCUUAAAAGUGAAGGUUUACAUGCAAAAUUAGACCAUUUAACUGCCAUGGAAAUCAAUAGCGUUCGUCCACUAUUGCCACAUGCUCUGGAUCAAAUGCUGAGGAUUCAAACUGGUGGAAGAGCAACACAAUCUCAUUAUUCAGGAACAUCGCAAUAAGUUGAUCAUUGAUAAUUUUUAGUUUGUAAAUAUAAUUUA